AUGGGAAAGCAGUCGUCGCUGGCGCCGGACCGGUACACGGACGACGAGGGGUCAGUUACCGAGAAUGACGAAGUUGCGGAGGGGAUCGAUCCGGGGGUCCGGUUGAUGUACCUGGCCAAUGGAGGCGACCUGGAAGGGAUCCGCGAGCUCCUCGACUCCGGCGUUGACGUCAAUUUCAAGGACAUCGACGGUCGGAGCGCUCUUCAUGUUGCGGCCUACCAGGUCUUCACCGACGUCGCCGCGCUCUUGCUUGACCGUGGCGUCGAGAUUGACCCGAAAGACCGCUGGGGGAGCACGGUAACACCACUGCCGGCGACCAUGUCGGAGUUCUUGAUCUCGGUCUGCGAUCGUUUGCUGGAUCGAAAGGAGCGAAGGGCGUAUUCAGGUUGA